AACUUAAUAAGAUCAGUAUCACUAACAUAACUCAAUGUAGGUAUAAGAAUGCAAUGACAGGGAACAAGGGAGUAGUGUCGGACACACUAGACUCCCUCAGCUUCUGGGUAAGCUGGUCAUGGACUUACCUUCUUAUGCUCUGGUUCCUUCUCAUUAUGUUUCUCAUCUGGUUUCUGAGAGCUCCAUUGCGACUUCAUGAAAAUUUAGAUCAGCUGGGGUUCUUCAUGAAUAGUCUGACCCCGAAAUUUUACGUUGCUCUGACAGGAACAUCAUCUGUUAUCUCUGGGAUUAUCCUUAUCUUUGAGUGGUGGUAUUUUCACAAGCACGGUAAUUCGCUGAUAGAGCAGCUGGCACUGACCUAUGUGGCUCCUUUUAUCGGUGGUAUAGAUCUGCCUGAGAAGCCAGCACAGAGUGAAUGUAAAGUUUGGAGAAACCCCAUGAACCUCAUCAGGGGAUGUGAAUACUUCAAGUUCAUGCAGGUGACAGGUAACAGUCCACUAAGCCACUACGACAUGAACCUUACAGCACAGGACCAACAGAUGUUCUUCUGUCCGGAUGUAGCAGGAGCUGGAGACAAAGGAGACGAGAUGAUGGCACUAGCCUGGAGAUCUGUAGACACAGAGAAACGCAUUCAACUAGCAUUGCAGGCAGUUAAUGGUAAUUCUAACUGUGCCUCCGCAUACGUUUUGCUGGCUGAGGAGUGUGCGUCUACAGUCCCAGAAGCUGAUAAGUUCUUCAGACAGGCUCUGAAAAUAGCUGAUAAUAACAUCAGGAAGUUUGUGUCAGUUCCCUCGCACGAUGUCAAGGCAAACAGUCUUCAUCGCAGAGAUAUUAAUAUCUGCGUUUAUGCAAGAAGAAGGGUCGCCAUGUGUCUGAGAAAGAUGGGAAAGCUCAAAGAAUGCAUCAAAAUAACACGUGAACUUAUCAAAGAAUUCCCUCUUAUGAGCGUGCUUCACAUCCAUGAGAACCUCAUAGAGGCACUACUCGCACAAAAAGCGUACAACGACGUCCAGGCUCUACUCACCAGAUACGACGAUCUGACCCUGCCCAAAUCAGCUGUUAUCUGCUACAGCGCUGCACUCCUCAAAAUCCGUCCAGUCUGUGAGAAGUUCUUUGCUGAUGUGACCGUUAAGAAGGGUCUGACUACACAUCAGUUUGACGCAGUGGAAGCUCUUCAGAGAGCAGUCGAGUUUAACCCCCACGUUCCUCAGUAUCUUUUGGAAGAAAAGCCGAUCAUUCUGCCUCCAGAGCAUUUGCUAAAAAGGGGGGACUCAGAGGCAGUAGCUUACUCAUUCUACCACGCUGCGCACUGGAAGGAAGUGCCUGGUUCUAUAAAAUUCCUGGAAUGCUUCUGGAAAGACACUUUCAAGCUUAUCCCCUUUCCGUUAGAGAAAGGUAAGUUAUUCCACCCUUAUACCAGUGGGACAGAGGAGACUGAUAGAGAACUUUUACCUCUUUACCACGAUGUAUCAGUUUACCCCAAGAAAGAGUUACCCUUCUUCCUUGUAUUUACAGCUGGACUGUGUCUCUUUACCUUAUCUCUGGCUCUUCUCACACAUUUUUAUCCCAUAUUUAUGGGUGAGCUGGCUCGAAUAGCGCUUGAAUAUUUUGCCACACCCUUUGCCAUGAUAGCAGAACAGUUGCAAGCACUUUUACCUCAACAAGUAUGGAAUUUAUUAACUCGUGCAUAAUCGAUGAUAAGAUUUUGUUGCUACUGACCUACUGUGAAAUGACAGAUUUGACGAGCAGACUUUAAAAACGGAUUUAAAGUGAUGCGAUAUUAAUGAUAUUGAAAUGUGGUUACUAAUGUAUUCCAGUUUAUAAAGCUGCCUAUUGAUUGUAUAUUAUUAUGUUAAAACGUACGGGGUACUUGAUCAAUUUAUAAGCUAUUUAGUUAUUAUAUUAUGUCACUUUAGGUUCAGUAACAUAAUUGUGUUUUCAUUAACAAUUACUUAAUCAUAAAGAUUAAAAUUUGCUUCUGUCGUUGUCUCUAAUGUAGUCGUCUAGGGUACGGUACCUAUCAAGAUUUAAAUUGCUCCCUUUCACUCUUUCGAAUCACCUAUAUCAUAUUGUUGUUAGAACUAGUUAUUUAAUUAAUUAACGUUUUAUUAAUUAUUUAUUAAUUGGAAAUUGUUGCUUUAAAUGUUCCACAGAGUAAUGAAGAUUUAUUUCUUUUGAUUUUUGAAAAGUAUAGUUUGCCAUAUUAUAACAUAUUGCACAUUUGUUUUUAGUUCCGUAAUUAUACACAACACCUUAAGAUUAUAUUCAACACCAUAAUAUAUAUAAUAAUGUAUGUAUGAACAUGAUAAUAUACUACAUACUCAAUCUGAAAUUUUAAAUGACCAGACAAUAUUAUAGU